AAAAAACAGAGUAGCUAUAUAAGGAGCUCAGAUUCGUCUUCUCCACUCGAAAACCCUACACUUCGGCCGCAGCUGCUCCUCAUCUACAGGUAGGUUUGUUUCUCGUUGAGCUCAGAGCAAUGGCUCCUGCUAAAGCUGACAACACGAAGAAGAGUGAUCCAAAGGCCCAAGCCUUGAAGACUGCCAAGGCUGUGAAAUCCGGCCCUAGUUUCAAGAAGAAGGCCAAGAAGAUCAGGACAUCAGUCACAUUUCAUAGGCCAAGGACAUUGAAGAAGGAAAGGAACCCCAAGUAUCCCCGCAUUAGUGCACCACCAAGAAACAAGUUGGACCAUUAUCAAAUUUUAAAGUAUCCAUUGACUACUGAGUCUGCAAUGAAGAAGAUUGAGGACAACAACACACUUGUUUUCAUUGUUGACAUCCGAGCUGAUAAGAAGAAGAUUAAAGAUGCAGUGAAGAAGAUGUACGAUAUUCAGACCAAGAAAGUGAACACCUUGAUCAGGCCCGAUGGAACGAAGAAGGCAUAUGUUAGGUUGACACCAGACUAUGAUGCCUUGGAUGUGGCCAACAAGAUUGGGAUAAUCUAAAUUAAUGUUGUAUUGUCUUUUUAUUUUGAAGCCAAGUGAUUUCCGUUCUUGCUAUGACAGUUUUGUUAGUAUUGCGCUAUGUUAGUACUCCUGGAGUAGUUUGGUUUUCUUCAAUUUGUAUUUGAUACUAUAUUCAUCGUUUCCUUUUUCUUAUGGCAAUGGGAUGCGAUUAAAAUUUAGUUCGGUGUUAAUGCCUUAAUAUACACUGCCUAUUACCAUGUUUUGA